GACAGUGGUGGGAGUUCGGAGGAGUGAGGCACGCUGCAGCAAACAGUUUGAUCGAGUCCAGUGAAAGCGAGGAAAUGUAUUAGACGCCACAAUCUGCUGGGGUGUAAAUGCUUCCACACUGCUGAGAGCUCAGUUGGAUCUUUUGCACACUGUAGGGUCGACAAAAUGAAGGGACAAUAUCGCCGUUAGAGGUUUUUUAUUUAUUGUGAGCCAGCGCACUCGGAGCUUAGAUCAGGGAGGAUUUUUCUUUUUCAACCUUUUUCUUUUUCAGUUUGAUCUUCAUGUUCUGACUGUUUUUUUGUUGUUGUUGUUGUUGUUGUUGCUGUGGUGCAUUUUGUGAUUUAGGAGUCAGGUCUCAGUCAUGUUUCAUUCCUGCAGUUUAUAUUUCUCUCUCUAUGUUUCCCCAUAACAUAGUUGCAAGAAUGACCUGUGCUAUUAAUCCACAGGUGCUCUGGGCAUUCGAGCUGGUGUGUAACAGAGAAAUCCAUACUUCCUUUCACUCCUCGGUCUCAAAGGUCCUUAAGUGAACUUUGUCACCACAGAUCGAGCAGAGCACUUUGUGGUUUUCACUUUAAAUCCCCAUAACUGACAAAAAGGAAGCGGGCAACACAGCAGGACGUUUCCUGAGACAAACAGUUUGUGGCAGACGAGGACAGACUCGUGCACAAUGGCAGGAUCAGACUGGACUUGUAGCCUCUCCACUAUGCGUGAAUGGGAGUCCACAGAUUAUGAGCCAUCGCUUCCUGUUUCGGAGAAGUCAAAUCCCCUGACGUGUGAUAUCGACCGGGCUUCUGCCACUUCUAUUGUGAGGAUGCUGCAAGCCAGUGAUGCCCAGAUGUUUCAAGAGGAGACAGGAAACACGUACAAGAGGUUGUUGAGCAAACAAGUGAUUGAAACACUAAUGGAGGUUGCAAAGAGGGCGGAGCUCAUUCUCGAGGAUCCUCAGGACAGCCUUGUUGUCCUGAGUGGAUGUGGGACCUCUGGUCGAAUAGCUUUCCUCACGGCGUCCAGUUUCAACAGAGCACUGAGGGAGCUGAACAAGAGUCCUGUGUAUUCAUACAUCAUCGCAGGAGGAGACAAAGCUCUGCUAUCCUCCCAAGAAGCUCCAGAAGAUGACCCCAGACUGGGCAUGCUCAGUCUGAAGAAGGUCUGUGAAGGAAAGAGGCGCGUCCUGUUCAUUGGGAUUUCCUGUGGAUUGUCUGCUCCAUUUGUGGCAGGUCAGCUGGACUUCUGCCUGCAGCACCCUGAGGUGUUCACUCCUGUUCUGGUUGGCGUCAAUCCUACACAUCAGGCCAGGGAUGAGCCCAUUCCAGGCUGCACCUUCACUUUUUACAGUGUGGUGCAAAGGAUGCAGGAGCUUGCCAAAGGUCAAAAAGCCUUCCUCGUCAACCCAGCGGUUGGGCCGGAAGCUAUCAGCGGCUCUUCGAGGAUGAAGGGAGGCAGCGUCACUAAGAUUCUCCUGGAGGUUGUCCUGUCUGCUGCUCACGCGGCCACCUUCACUAACACACCCGUCACAUACAUGGGCAUCCUGCAGCACGUGAGGGCGUACGAGAAGACUCUGGAUAUCACUUACGCUCAGGAGGAAGGGAUUUCCGCUCUGCUGGAGGCGGCUGGACGGAGCUUGCGGUGUGGCGGGCGUGUGUGUUACCUGGGCUGGGGCUCCCUGGGUGUGACGGGUCUGAUCGACGCCAGCGAGUGUAUCCCUACGUUUGGAGCAGACUACAACGAUGUGCGAGGCUUCAUCAGUGGAGGAUACAGGGAGCUGAACAACAGUGAAGGGCCCCUGAUCUCACUGGGUCCUGACUUCUGCAUAGCGCACGAGGACUUCCUGCGCCUCGCCCUGCCCUCCCUGAGCGACCUGGACGCCGUUCUCCUCGUCUACACGCACUCCGACGAUGUCGGCGACGUGGUGAAAUUGGCACGCCGAGUGAGAGAGCAGACGUCCAACCUCCACGCCGUUUACCAUCAGGUCGAUGGGGACACUGCAGCUGCUGUCCAACAAAAUGACAUCAAUAAGCUGUGUUUAUCUUCACUAAGAAUCACUUGGCCGUCACCCGCUUCAAGAAGCUUGCUCCACAUGUGGGAGCUGUCCACCAAGCUGCUGCUGAACGCUGUGAGCACCGGGGCUCACGUCUUAAAGGGGAAGAUUUACCAGAACCACAUGAUCGACGUGCAGGUCACCAACAGCAAACUGUACGGCAGAGCCACGCGUUUACUCCGGAAACUGUCUGGCUGUCCUGAGCCUCAGUGUGAGGAAGCCCUCCUGAAGGCCAUCUACCGAGUGGACGAGCUGACGGCGGACAUCACGUCGUCUGACAUGAACACACACACACUCGCUGCUCGCAGCAGGACCAAGGUGGUCCCUCUGGCUUUGGUCUGCUUGCUGACCGGCCGCUCUCUCCAGGAGGCGGAGACUCAUCUGGAGCGGCAGCCAGUCGUGAGGGAGGCUGUGGAGGCGUGCCUGUCACCGUCGACACGGCGCACUGUCACCGCCGCGCACCCACGUACAUAAACUGUCACGAUCACAGUCAGCUUUAAUGUUGGUCCCACGAACUGAUUCUGCUAUAUUUAGAUGUAAUUAUAUUCAAUUAUGACAGCUGUUUCAGAGGAACACAGAGUCCUCUUUUAUUAUGAGCUACUGUAAGCCUCAGUGUGCAGCACUCCUGUCACCUGGAUCUGGUGGCUUUAAAUGUAAAACCAUGUUACGAUGCUGAGAGGCAGACCUGACGCUCACUACAAGCAAAUCUUGUCAAGAUUAGCUGCAAACGAACCGUCGGUUUGUUCUGUUCUCAGAUUAAAUAAUCUUUUAAAGGGGCAUUAUGUAAUUUUGGAGAAGAAUUUCAAUAUUUACAAU